AUGGUGGCCUGGACCAGGGUCGUAGCCCAGAGGGCAUCAGAAAAGAUGGGAUUCUACACUGACCGAGCUUUAUCAUUACUGGAAGAAUACUGCAAAAAAUUAAGGAAACCAGAGGAGCAGCAGUUGAAAAAUGCUGUUAAGAAGGUGAUGGGAAUCUUUAAGAGCAGCUUAUUCCAAGCUUUGCUAGCCAAUUCCCCCACUGCCCUCGCUCACCUGCUCGCCAUGGAGUCCUGCUUCCCCCGGCGCCUCGGCCCGGCUCCCUCGGCCACCGCUGCCCUGGCAGCAGAGCUCGUUCGGCCUUUGGCCGACGGACUCCUCAAAUCGCCCAAACCCCUGAUGAAGAAGCAGGCGGUGAAGCGGCACCACCACAAGCACAACCUGAGACACCGCUACGAGUUCUUGGAGACCCUGGGCAAGGGCACCUACGGGAAAGUGAAGCAGGCGCGGGAGAGCUCGGGGCGCCUGGUGGCCAUCAAGUCAAUCCGGAAAGACAGAAUCGAAAAUGAGCAAGAUCUGAUGCACAUUCGGCGAGAGAUUGAGAUCAUGUCGUCACUCAGCCACCCCCACAUCAUUGCCAUCCAUGAAGUAUUUGACAACAGCAGCAAGAUCGUGAUUGUCAUGGAGUACGCCAGCCAGAGGGACCUGUACGACUACAUCAUCGAGCGGCAGCGGCUCAGCGAGCGGGAGGCCCGCCAUUUCUUCCGGCAGAUCGUCUCCGCUGUGCACUACUGCCACCAGAAUGGAGUUGUCCAUCGGGAUCUCAAGCUGGAGAACAUCCUCGUAGAUGCCAAUGGAAAUAUCAAGAUCACAAAUUUUGGCCUCUCCAACCUCUAUCACCAAGGCAAGUUCCUGCAGACGUUCUGCGGAAGCCCCCUCUACGCCUCGCCAGAGAUCGUCAAUGGGAAGCCCUACAUGGGCCCAGAGGUGGAUAGCUGGUCCCUGGGUGUUCUCCUGUACAUCCUGGUGCAUGGCUCCAUGCCCUUUGAUGGGCAGGACCAUAAGACGCUAGUGAAACAGAUCAGCAAUGGGGCCUACAGGCAGCCACCUAAACCCUCUGACACCUGUGACCUGAUCCGGUGGCUGUUAAUGGUGAACCCUACCCUGGAGUAUGUGGCCAGUCACUGGUGGGUCAACUGGGGCUACGCCACCCGUGUCGGGGAGCAGGAGGCUCUGCACGAGGGAGGUCACCCGGGCAGCGACUCUGACCUGGCCUCCAUGGCUGACUGGCUCCGGCGGUCCUCCCGCCCCCUCCUGGAGAACGGGGCCAAGGUCUGCAGCUUCUUUAAGCAGCACGCGCUGGGAGCAGGGAGCCUCACCCCUGGCCUGGAGUACCAGCAUUUGCUCAAGAAGUCCCGCAAAGAGAAUGACAUGGCCCAGACUCUCCAGGGGGACCCAGCUGCUGAUGCAUCCCCUUGCCCUGGCAGGGGCAACCUCAAGCUGCCUAAAGGCAUUCUCAAGAAGAAGGCAUCGACCUCUUCGGAGGGGGCGAGGGAGGGCCCUGAGCUCGGCCCAGUCCCUGCAGGCCCGGGACAGGCUGCCCCCCUGCUCCCCAAGAAGGGUAUCCUCAAGAAGUCUCGCCAGCGGGAAUCUGGCUACUACUCCUCUCCUGAACCCAGUGAGUCUGGGGAGCUCCUGGAUGCAGGGGAUGUGUUUGUGAGCGGGGACGCCGUGGAACACAAGCCCCCCGAAGCCUCAGGGCUGCUGCUCCAUCGCAAGGGCAUCCUCAAACACAACGUCAAGUUCUCCCGCGCAGCCCUGGAACUCACAGCCCCCGCCUUCAGCUCUUUGGAUCAACUGGCCUCACCUGGCCUGCCAGCCCGGGCCAGCCGCCCCUCGGGGGCUGUGAGUGAGGACAGCAUCCUGUCCUCUGAGUCCUUUGACCAGCUGAACUUGCCCGAAUGGCUCCUCGAGCCCCCACUGCGGGGCUGUGUGUCUGUGGGCAACCUCAUGGGGCUUGAGGAGCCCCCCUUGGAGGGCCCGGGAAGCAGGGGCUUGAGGCGCUGGCGACAGGACCCCCGGGGGGAGAGCUGCUUUUCCCUGAUGGACUGCCAGGAGGUGACAGAGGGCCACCAACAGGCGCUGGGGGUCUGUGCCAGGUUCAGCUGA